UCUUCCCUUUUAAAUCAUCCUUGGCCCAACGGCAGUAUGCGUAUGGCCUUAGGCUGGUGGGCAGCGAAUAAGAUUGCGGGCAUUCCCGAAAUCCGAUGUGGGUUGCGAGACGACAAACACAGAACCAUCAAGAGAAUCGAAACCAUAGAAACCGACAGACUGGCGACGUCUAGAUAUACUAAGGGCCGUUGGAAUCCAAAAAUUUGCAUCCGAACAAUGGAGUCUCUGCUUUCUCAGAUAAAAGAACUGGUACCAGAAGAUGAUCCAAACUCUAUUAAGCAGGCUGUUCUCAUAAUCAGGCCUGUAGAAGAGGGCCCAGGAGUGAACCGAACAUUCGAAAUCCGGGACCGGCUGCCGGAAGAUCAGUUUGUAGAGGAAGACGAGCUUCAGUGCAUCUUCGGGGGCAAUGAAUAAAAUGCGGUGAUAAUUUUUAUAUUUUGUAUUACUCCAACCAUUAAAGGGUGACUCUUUCAUUUAACCUAAUCCAACAAAAUAAACAAAUAGAAAAUACACAAUAGGGCUACAGUAAAACCUGUGUAUAAUUACCUCUCAAGGGGGAUAAGAAAGUGCUCUUUAUAGGCAGAUGAUCUUUGUGUUCAAGUUCCAUUUGUACACGUUUCAAUUAUUAAUAUUGCAAGGGAAAUGCAUGAUGAAGUCUUAUAUAAAUGUAGUCUUUACAAACAAGUAGUCUAUCUAUACAGGAGGUCGCUAGGGCAGAUAAGAUUUAACUGCACAUGGCAAAAGAAAAAUAGAAAGAAAGAAAUAAAAAGGGCUCGCGAUUCAGAACGUUGAACAUUAUUGUAUUGAGAACUAUUUCCAAAUCGUCAUUCGAGAUUCUUUUAAAAUGUCGCCAAAGUGUGAUGACUGAAGCUAAACAUCUACGAUUUUUGUCACUGUAUAGACUUGUGUAAAAAAUAUGAAAGUUCAUUUGUUACUUCUUUUUUUCGUCUUCAUAUAGAGCUGUAAUUAUGUACGAAAUAGAUGCUUUUUCGUAUAUCCAAUAUAUGGCAGGGGUGCAGUUGCCCAUCCCCUGAAAUAUCUUCCUUCGAAAAGAGGCAGUUUUUUGUUUGUUUAUAAUCAUGACUAAUAUUGCAUAACAUCUUUCCAUCAACACAUAAUCUAUGCAGAUGGCGUAUAAUGGACAAUGACCAGUGUGAUGUAUGAAAAGAAACAAAAAUAACUUUUCAUGUUUUUAAAAAAUGUGAUAAGGUUCGAUUUUGGGGGAUAAUUAUUGGAAAACUUGUUUUUAUAAUUACUCUCAUGAGCAAAAAGAUAUUAAUGAAAAAGUAUUAGUUAUAGGCCAUAUAUUGAAGAAAAAGAAAACUUUGUAAUAUACUUCAUGCAAACUUUAGGCCAAUGUCUAAUAUACAUAAUGUAUAUCCAAAUGAUUUAUUAUGGUAAAGAGUACAUUAGUAAAAGUCUGAUAUUAAUUU